ACCUGUCAUUAUCCACGACUAAAGUCUACUACUUAAUCUCCAAGUAUUUCUUCAAACAACUCCAUAAGUAUUUCUCUUAAUGACUCCCUUAUUACAAUCAACACAUACUGCAACUCUUGUUUCUUAUCAUCUUUGGAGGAGAGAGAUACACAUAUUUCAGGUUAUGGCAUCUGGAGACUAUCCCUUGUACAGCUGCAGAAAUUGCAGAAAUCCUCUUGCUUUCUACUCUGAUCUGAUCUCAACAUCCUUUAAGGCAAAAUCAGGGCAGGCCUAUAUGUUCUCUCAUGUGAUAAAUGUGGUCUUGGGGAAGAAAGAAGACAGACACAUGAUCACUGGUCUAUACACAAUUGCCGAUAUCUAUUGCAGCAAUUGUGGGGAAGAAUUGGGUUGGAAGUAUGUGAUGUCAUAUGAUAUUAAACAGAGGUAUAAAGAAGGGAAUUUUAUUGUUGAGAAACUGAAGAUCUUGGAAGAAAAUUAACUCUGGUUCUCUUGUGUAAAGAGGCUCAUAUGUCUCUCCAUCUUUAAUAAGGUAGAGAGAGAGAGAGAGAGAGAGAGAGAGAGCAAGCCUAUGUUUCUCUAAUCAUGAUGCACCUGUGUUUGUUUAUUUUGUCUAGUAGUAACUUAUAGUUACUAUUACUAUUUGUUGUAACUUGCUGUUGUAAUUUUUAUUUCAUGUCAAACACUUCUUCUCAUUGAAUAGUUCCAUGGAGAGUCUCUCUGUUACAUGGAGUUUGAAGAAUCUCA